AUGGCGGAGGCCACGCGGAUCCCAGACAGCCAUGAGGAAAAGCAUGACUCCUUGUCCAAUCUGGACAGAAUAUUCAACAACUUCUGGCUAAAGCUUGAGCACAGAAUGCAACAGUGUGCCCUACAACUGUCGGAAAGCCACUCACUUCGACAGCCACCACCCGACCCUCAGCAACAGCUUGCAGCCCUGGUGGGGAACAAAGCCAUAUGGUGGCAGAGGAGGGAAAAGCACCCAUCACUCCCAUGCAAAGCGGAGGGAACCAUCAAAACCAAGCGCUGGACCUCCUCAAACGCCUACCGCAUCAGGGGUGACCCUACUCCAGCUGCACGGCCCAACAUGCCGAUCCCAAACAAACACGCUCAACCACUGCACCGCAACGCAGCCUCAGGGACAUCCGUGGCAGGGCUCUGUGCAGCCCCAAUGAGGCAUAGGGUGAAUCACACAGGGAGAAAUCGGGACUCUAGAUCCCUAGCUGGGUGUCCUGACAAAACACCCUGA